AUUGCGUUUGUACACUACAUUUCCCAUGAGCCUGUGAGACGGACUCGCAUGAAGCAAACUCACAUGGUAGCUAGCUAACAGAGAGAAGAGAGCGUCCAAGAAACGUGUUGCUAAUCUUAUUGGAAAACAGCGAGGCACUACUGAAAAUGUCCGCAGCUAAAGCCAAAAUGCGAGAGAAGAAGAUGAGGAAUCAGCCUGCCAGUGUUCAGUAUCCCUCUGGGGUGAACGGGGAGGGCGGCUCCCAGAACAGAGGACAUGGUUCAGGUGGACAUCCAUCCUCUAAGGAGAGGAAGAAACCUGAAGACACUGGAUGGGUUCGAGGACAUCAGAGAUAUGGUGGUGGUUAUUCUAAGGAGAUGCCCAAGUACAUCACUGGUGGAGCUUUUGCCAGAGCCAGAGCCGCCGAGGUGAAGGCCAUGCUGAGAGCCGUCAGCCAGACGGCGUGCAGCAGCCAUGUUUUUCAGGCUCUGCCUAAACACAUGAGGCGACGGGCCAUGAGCCACAACACAAAGCGUCUGCCCCGCAGGCUGAGAGACGUGGCUGACAGAAUGCGGGAGAAAAGCCUCCAGGCUGGCUCAAAGAAGAAGAAAGAACCGGCUAAAAGCAAAAGCCGAAAAGCUCGCCGACGGCACGGGAACCUGCUGCUGGACUUCAACCGACGCCAGAGGAAGAACAUUUGGCUGGAGACGCACAUUUGGCACGCCAAGCGCUUCCACAUGGUUAAAAAGUGGGGCUACUGCCUCGGGGACAGACCCACGUAUAAAUGCUAUCGGUCGUGCUACAGAGCCAUGAGCAGCCACUGCCUCCUGCAGGACCUGUCUUACUAUUGCUGCAUCGAGCUGAAGGGUGAAGAAGACGAGCUGUUGGCUGCUCUGUCACAGAUGACCAGCAAGGAGGCGGGUCCUACGUUUGCUGCAGCCUUGUGUCUGUCAGGGCGCAGACAGGUCAGUGUUACCAUCUACAGGAUAGGACAGUACCCCUGCCAGCCCCUGGGUCCCGUCACCGUACUCUGGAGACCCAAAACACCGGGGAUCAGGGGGAGACAGCUGUGGAUCUGGGCUCAUCCCACCCUUAAGCAGGAUCUUCUCCCAGAACUUCAAAGUGUAUGCCGGUGUUGGGAGGCUGUGCCGCCCUCCAUUGACCCCGAGGUCUUGUGUGGAAAGGAGAAAAGCGCUCCACAUCCAAAGCCUGAAAACAUCCUGGAAGCAAAGCUGAAACCUGGAGCCAAGAGGAAGAGGAGCUCUGUGGAUGCCAGUGAGCCUCCUGUGAAGAAGAUUUUGGGUGAUGGGACCAGAUUACCGGGAACUACAGUAACCUGGAAGUCCAGCUCCACCGGAAUAGUUAUCAAUGACCUCACCAUGGAGAUUGUGCGCUAUCGCCUGAUUGGACCACAGUCCCACUCUGUGCUGACUGAAGCCCUUGAAGCAGCGACGGUCUGUAAGGAAGUGGAUAAGUCCUUGGGCUCUGCCUUCUGGUGGCCUCAGCACUGCAGCGAUGAGAGCAACAUGCUUCUGCAUCAGCAGCAAGCUGAUGUCUUCCACACACUGAAAGGCAUCAGUUCAACCACAGAGCUCCCCCCCGGCACAGUGCUGGGGCUGACGGUGGAUGACCCCAGGCUGACUUUACCAACAAAGAAGAUGAAAGUGUUGCCCUGCGUGAGCCAGGCCCAAGAGGCUGAUGAGGACAAAAGGAAGGAGCUGAUCUUACGAGGUGUCCCAGAACAGUGCUGUCAGAGUUCCUUGUGGGAGGAGUCUGUCCGUGAUGAUGUCACUGAGAACAAGAUACCUGAGCAGGCAUUGAACAGGAUGAAGAGUGAGAUGCUGGUGCCAGGCUCCAGGCUGAGCCCCACCCCCCCACAAGGCAGAGUCCCCGUUUUACUGGUCCACCAGCCUGGCAAGCAGGUGGGGCAGGAGAUGAGCUCCUGGGGAGCUGGAUGGGACCUGCUCCUUCCUAAAGGCUGGGGUAUGGCCUUCUGGAUCCCACUGGUGUACAGAGGAGUCCGGGUGGCAGGGCUCCACAUGGGUCUGAAGCACUCUCACAGUAAAGCAGCUCCCAUCUUUCCACAUGACUUUCCUGACUGCCCUGCAGGAAUCCGUUUUCAGGAGGAGCAGGAAGCAGAGUUCCUGGACAAAUUUAAAAGGCAUCCGCCAGCCAAAAGGACCAAUUACAUUAAACAUGGCUGCCUGGCUCCCUUCCGUUGCCCUUGGCAACAGCUGGCAGAGGAGUGGGAGCACCUCACUAGGGGAGGAGGAGAUGAGCCGGCCGAGAUGUCUGUGGCGAAGCCUCUGAGCCUCUUUAUUGUUCUCAGGAACAGGAAGUCUCUGAGGCUUCUCUCUGGUUGGUGCAGACCAACCACCUCCACAGGAAGGAGGCUGAACCGUGAGCUCCUGCCUCUCAGCCAGUCGGCCGUCACUUCUUUUCUCUCAGCUCAUGGGAUGAGUCUGGUGUGGGUGCGCCUGUCGCUGCUGUCCAAGGGAAGACCGGAGCUCCAUUCCAUGGUGUGUGUGCCAACUGCAGAAGAUCUGAAGCUGCUGGGCAAGCACCAAGACCUCCAGGAGCCCCCACACAGGGACCACUUCAAAAGCAGAAUCAAACCACAGAAAAAAAGCUUGAAGAGUGACGAUCCAGAGCCCCGCUCUACGCCUGACUCAGACCUCAUCUUCGGACUUUGGCCGGAUCCUCUACCCAGCGUGACGUCCCACUGUUCCCGCGUGACCCUGGGCUGGACCACUCAGGGGGACUUCUCUCUGUGUGCAGGCCAUGGGGAGGCUCUGGGCUUCGUCAGUGUCCCGGGUCUCCUGAACACCCUCCUGAAGCAGGCGGGGGAACACCGAGGAACGCUGCUUCUGCGCAACCCCGGCUCCCUGCACUACCGCUUUGCUAAGGUCAACGUUGAGGUGUGAUAAAGCAGGGUUAGGGUUAUUCUGCUGCUGAUGGAAACACACAUAGGCUUUUGCUUUCAAAACUUUGCAAUCAUGCAGAUUUGCUUUCCACUGAGAAGUCACGGGGAGACAUUUUUAAAUGAUGCUCGUCUGCUUCGGAUCCUCAGUGUUGCUUUUUCUGAACAAAUAAAGAACAUUUGGUGAA